AUGAAUGCUACCAAGAUCCUUCAGCAGGGUCGUCAGCCCAUGAUCCGCUUCCUGGGCAAGCGCACUACUCCUAGCAAGAUCGACCACACUCCUCAGGUCCAUCCGGCAUCGCCCACCCACUCCCUUCCAGAGUCGUUCGCAAGCUACCGCCAGAAGGCACAGCAACACGGCCCUCUGAACCAGACGAACAAAUUUUCGACUAGCCACAUCGGCGCUUCUCCGGGCUCCUCUCUUGGACCUGUUGAGGCUGGAAAGGGCACCUUCUUCGACCGCUCCGAGCUUCCUCAGCGCUUCCAGCGGAUGGCUUGGUCCGAAGCCGAGAUUGAGGCUAUUGAGUCUGGUGGUGCAAGCCUCCACGCAUGA